UUUGCACACUUUGUCCGUAUGGGCAGGCAGGGCAAGCCCAAGUUGCCCAACACUCUUCUGUGAAGCAAGAAAAUGAAGCGCCAAAGGGAGUGAGCAGCUAAGGUACACAUAAAAUACAUAGUAGCGGAUGUGAAAGCAAGUCAUAACAAGCCAAAGUGAAUGCAUAAAGUGGAAAGAACCCGAAAGUAACUGGGUUCUCUGUUUCCUGCAUGCUCAACGCUUAGCCUCCCUUUUGCUUUGUUUUUGUUUUUUAAAUUUUCGUGUAGUGAGUGGGAGAAUUUUAGGAAAGUGAUCGCGUUCAACUGCUGAAAAUAUGUUAUUUCCCUAGUGGGUUUUCAGUUAAUAAUCAAAAUUUUCAAAUUGGGAAGUGUUAAGCGUGUGUUUGCGUUUUAAAGUUUGUACUUUAGGGUUUCUUUUGUGGGAGUGAUACUGAAAAUGGGUUCUUCAAGGAGAGAUGCUGAGCUUGAGGAACAGGUCAAGGAGGUUGGGAGUGCGCUUCUUAGUCCUCCAUCUGCCUCUGAUGAACUUAUUGCUCUUCUUGAUAGAGCUGAGCAUUUGCUUGCAAAUGUGGAACAAGCACCUCCAAGAUCAAUGCAAGAUGCACUUCUACCGUCAAUGAAGGCAUUUAUUGCUGAUGAGCUAUUAAGGAAUUCAGACACGGAUGUGAGGCUUUCGGUUGCAUCUUGCAUCAGUGAAAUCACCCGAAUAACGGCACCAGAGGCUCCCUAUGAUGAUGACAUUAUGAAGGAAUUUUUUCAGCUGUCUGUUGCAGCUUUUGAGAAAUUGUCCAAUGUCUCUGGUCGUUGUUAUACAAAAGCAUUUUCCAUUCUUGACACCGUUGCAAAGGUCAGGUCAUGCUUGGUGAUGUUGGACCUUGAGUGUGAUACAUUGAUUAUUGAGAUGUUUCAACAUUUCCUAAAAUAUAUAAGGUCCGACCAUCCACAUGCUGUAUUUUCAUCCAUGGAAACAAUUAUGACCCUGGUCAUAGAUGAAAGUGAAGAGAUUUCCUGGGAUCUUCUCAAUGUUCUUCUAGCUAGUGUCCGAAAAGAGAUUCAAGACGUUUCUCCUAUUUCUUGGAAGCUAGGAGAGAAGGUUAUAACUAAUUGUGCUGCUAAGCUUAAAUCCAGUUUCAUGGAUGCAGUGCCGUCUAGAGGCAUAGCUUUGGAUGAAUAUGCUGAGAUAGUUUCCUAUAUAUGCAAAAAUGAAUAUGGAAACCUCCAGGGUCUUGAUUGUUCUGGGAAAUAUUUGGCAACUAAUGGAUUAGAUCCUGUUUCUCCUGGAGAAGUUUGCCAUGAUGUGGAUGAUAUUUUCAAGUCAGUGAAGUAUAACGGAACUUCUCCAACCAGGAAUGAUGAGGCCAUGGAUAAUAGGUCCUCAAAAGUAAUUGAGCAGUCUACUCAUGCCGACCAUUUCAGAAGUAUUGAUGCGACUGCCAGUGCCGAACCUCAUAAUUUAGACUCUAUAAGGAAUGUCAAGUCAGAUACUGAGCCAGAGAGUGCUCCGAAGAAAAGGGGUAGAAAACCUAAUUCCUUGAUGAAUCCAGAGGAAGGCUAUGAUCACUCUUGGAUUUUUACUGGAAGAAAAAAUUCCAAAGUACCUGGUCACAAAAAGUCUCAUGAUAAGGAAUUAGAAUGUUCACCCACUGUAGAUCCAGAAUUUAAGAAGGGGGCUUUACUGUCAUCAGAAAAAAAUGCAGGUGAACCUGCUUCUUCCCCAACCCCAAAAAGCCACCUAAAUAAGGACAGUCAUCGUAGAAGAGGUAGGCCAAAGAAAAUACAAAGUACGAUGGAUCAAGAUGGUGAUCUGAAUUCCCAGUCAGUGACAUUGACCAAAUCUGCAAGUUCCAUUUUGAAAAAGGAGCCUGAAAACAGACAUGAUAAAGAAAUAAAACGACGUAAGCACUCAUUAGAAGGUGAACUUGCUGUAAAGGAUAGUGAGGAGACUGCUGCAGCUCCCGGAUUUGGUGUUUUGGAGAAGGAAGCUGAUAUCCGAAGUGAUCUUGAGGAAAAACAACAAAAGCUGUCAACUACAAAGGCAAGGGGAAAGGGUACCAAUGAGGACAAGCCAUCAGUGCAGACAGAUUUCAAGAAAGGGAGUUUGGUUGCCACUGUUUCAACUAAAGGUAUUACUGAUGCAUCUGGUACUAAGAAGGGGAGGAUUCCUAAGGCUGCAGGUAAAUCAUCAAAUAGAGAUGGAAGCAACCCAGAGGAAACUCCGAACACAGAAGUCAAGAGGAAGCAUACUGUAGGGAAGGAAGUGAAGAAGAGUACUGCAUCUAAAUUGUCAAAUAGAGAUAGAGAUUGCCCAGAGGAAACCCCUAAAACCAAAGUCAAGAGGAAGCAUACUACCGGAGAGGAAGUGGCAUCUAAAGCGUGUGAGUAUGGUGAACAAUUGGUUGGUAAGAGAAUAAAGGUUUGGUGGCCAAUGGACAAGACGUUUUAUGAAGGUGUCGUUGAUUCUUAUGACUGCAUCAGAAAGAAGCACAGGAUAUUGUAUGCUGAUGGGGAUAUAGAGAGAUUGAAUCUUGAAAAACAACGUUGGAAACUGAUUGGAGAUGUUGAUAUGUCAGAAGACGGACAAGAGACUGAUGUGCGAAAACCUGGUGCUUUGUCUGAGAUAUUGCAGAAGGAAAAGGAUGACACAAAAUUUCAGCUGGUCAAAGAAGUGAAGGCCUCGACCUUGAAAAGGAGUAGUGAUCAUGCCAUUGCAUCCAAAGCAAGGGCUAGAAAAUCAGCCAGUGCUUCUGCAGAUGGUGCUAAACUUGACAAACCUAUUAUUGGUGAUGAACCAAUGAUCGAUGCAUCUGAGAAAGAUAGUGGUCCAAAAGGGGAUGAUCACAACUCUAUUAACAAAUUGGUAGUGAGAGACAGGAAACUGAUAUUGACUGUAACCAAACCGCAGCAGCAGACUAAUACGAAUCCUUCCAAUAGCGAAAGCUCCAAAGUUGGUGGCAGGGAAUCUUCUGGCGUUUGCAAAUCUGAAGAAGACUUGGACAACAACAAAGAAGCAAAGAAUGUGGAAUGAUCCACCAACAUGGAAGCAAAUGAAAUAGUGGACUUAGGCCAAGUGGUAAAGGCAGAAGUGGCUUAAAAACUUACAAGUCUGGGGACUGUAUAGUUAAGUGUUAAUUUUAUAUAUAGUGUUGUGUUUUUGAGGUGAAUAUCAGCUCAUUUUUGCCUUUUUAUUCUGCCAGAGCUGUAAAUGCAUCUCUUUCUCACUGUUGUGUAAUGGCGGGUCAAAACAAAAACUGCAGACCUUUCAGACUGGAAUGUAAUUAGUUAUCCAUAUACUUAUUAAAGCUUAUUCUGCUAUGCUAAUGA